UGGACUGUGAAACCGGGCAUAAGUAUUGAAGUUGAGAAAUACACCAAAUUAUUAAUUCUGAUGCUGAGGAUAUUUUCGACGAAAGUGAUGGCGAUGAAGACUUUGUACCUAUCGCAGAAAAUGAAACGGACGAUUCAAAUACUUCAUCCAGUGAAAGUGAAGUAGAUGUCGGUUUUGAAGGUAGCAAUGCGACAGAAGAAGUCAAUUUGCCAAAUAUUUUAUCGAAAGAUAAGAGCAUAAUAUGGCAUGAUCAGCCACUUCCAAUUUCAAGAGGCAAAAUUCCUCGAAAUCAAAUUUUAUGUCGAAGUCCUGGCCCAUCAAAGUGUACUAUUUCUAUGGUCACAGAUAUAAAAUCCUCUUUUGAUAUUUUCUUGCCCUCAAGUAUAAAAAGCUUAGUGGUAGAAAUGAACAACAUCAAAGGAUUGCAGUUUUUUGAAGACAAUUGGAAAAUUAUAGACCUUAUAGAAUGGAAGCAUACAUAGGAUUGCAGAUCUUAGCAGGAGUAUACAAAUCGCACAAUGAAAGUCUAAUUCAUUUGUGGGAUGAAAAUAAUGGCAGAACAUAUCACGAUGCCUUCGUUUUGACUCCGCUGCAGACAGGGAUGAGAGAAGACAGCGUGAUAAAUUAGCACCUAUAAGAAACAUUUGGGAUCAAUGGAAUCGGCAGCUCAGGUCAUAUUAUCACUUACAUGAAAAUGUAACAAUAGAUGAGCAGUUAGUACCUUUUCGUGGUCGUUGCAGCUUCAGGCAGUAUGUACAUUCCAUCGAAGCCCGCAAAAUACGGCUUAAAAAUAUGGGCUCUAUGUGAUUCAAAAAGCAAGUAUGCCUGGAACAUGGAAGUUUAUUUAGGACGGGCAAGAAAUACGCAACCGGAAAGGAACCAAGGUGAACGUGUUGUUCUAUCCCUAUCAGAACCCCUUCCCAGAGGUCACACUGUUACUUGCGAUAACUUUUUUACGACGUACAAUCUCGCCGUUCAGCUACUUCGCAGGAACAUUACUUUAGUCGGUACAGUGAGGAAAAAAAAGCUUUUUUUGCCACGAGAAAUUACCGACAUGAAGGAAAAGAGCAUUUUAGAAAGCAAAUUUUUAUUUACGGAGAAUGUAACUAUUGUAUCGUACGUCCCAAAAAAAUAUAAACUUGUUGUAGCAUUGAGCUCCCUUCACCAUUCUCCACUUGUUGAUGAGGGUGACAGAAAAACUACUGAAAUAAUACUUCACUAUAAUAAAACAAAAGCUGGUGUGGAUGCGCUUGAUCAGCUGGUUACUAACUAUACAUGUAAACGUCAGACCAAACGUUGGCCAGUUGCCCUCUUUUCGAAUAUGUUAGAUAUAUCGGCAUACAACGCAUACGUAAUAUGGACAGAGAUAAAUCCCUCAUGGAACACCAACAAGCUUUAUAAGCGAAGACUUUUUCUUGAAGAGCUGGGAAAGCAAAUGGUCCAACCAAAUAUUGUCCGCAGAGAGAGACUGCCGCGAGGAAUCGCUGCUAAGAAUAUAGUAAAAAAUAUUCAAGAAAACUCCAAAUCUGCAGAAAAAGCGUCUACUUCUAAUAUUUCUGCAAGAAAUGAAUCCACCAAAAAACGACAGCGAUGUUUCUUCUGUCAUCAUACAAAAAAUUCGAACAAAUAUUCAGCUGUUUGUAGUACGUGCCAAAAAUUUGUUUGCAAGGAACACAGCAGCUUAGUUUGUGAAAAUUGCGGCUAAAACAUACAUAUCCCAACUAUUUUCUACAACUAACAUACACUUAACUUGAUUCAAAUAAAAAAUAUGAACUCUUUCAAUAAAAUAGUGUUAUUAGUGGAGUUUUUAUAAGUGGGUCAAAUUGACCCAAAACACUAUGUGUAAUUUUUUCCUAACAUAGCAGAAGGGUUAAGUGCAGACGAGUUUUACAAAACAAAACCUAAAACCAUUUUUAAAUGUUUUAAUUAAAUGUCCAAUCAUCCCUGAAA